CUUGGCCAGAUUCUGAAUGGUUGUAAAGACCGGUAAAUCAUGUGAAACAAUUCUAACACCUUCCAAUCUGCUGUCUAGUCUUUUUUUUUUUCUCCACUUCGUUUUCUGAAAUGGAGGAUCUACCUCAACCUCUUGUCGUGGAAAUCCUGAAUCGACUCACCGAUUCCACCGACCUUGCUCGGUGCCGACUCGCCUCCAAAACACUAAACUCCCUCUCACACGAGGUCCGUUCUGUUAACCUCCUAUGCAAUUUGUCUCGCUACCUCAAAUCCCGCUCGCCGGAGACCGAGGCCCACGUCACUCCCUUCAAGGCAAUCUUCAACAACCUUGUCCGCGAAUCUCGAUGUCUUAACUCAGUGUCGAUCGGAGUUGAUAAGUCGCUCAGGGAAAUCUCGUACGAUGACGUGGAUGACGAGUCGGAUGAUUUGUAUUUGUCCGAUGUGGGGUUUGUGAAGGAGUGGUUGCCGAAAAUUUGCGGGGACCUAAGGAAGUUGUCGAUUUCGGAUUUUUGGAUCCAGUCUUGCUGGAGGAAAUCUGACGUUUUGAGCUUGAUUUCUUCGUGUUGCAAUAAUCUUAUGGAACUAGAGCUGAAGAAUGCUUGGCUUUCAGUUGAUGGGUUGAAUCCGAUGACUAGGCUAACAAAUUUGACACUUGAAUUUAUUAGGCUUGAGGAUGAGGACCUAAGCAAAAUUAAUGAUUGCUUUCCUUCUCUUCGAGUUCUGAAUUUGGUUGGUGUUGGAGGACUUAAAGAUCCGAAGAUUCAUCUCUUGCAUCUUAAAGCCUGCUUAUGGACAGUCUCAAAUGCUCCGCUUUCUUUGACUAUCUCUGCUCCCAACCUGGUGAAACUCAGACUGAAAUGUGUUAAGCCAAAAUCACUUGUGCUUGAUACCCCAUUGUUGUCUGAUUUCCAUCUUUCAGUUGAGGAGGUGUAUGAUUUUAGAGUGAAAGAGUUUUGUAAUUUGGAAAACUUUCUGCUUGAAUCUUCAAGUCUUUGUAGCCUCCUUGGCAUGUUUACGUCUGGUAAAUCAAUUAAGAAGCUGACAGUGGAUUCUCUCAAAUGGAAUGAAGCUCUUGAAACAAGAAAAUUUGGCUUGGAAGCAUUGUUUGAUGUGUUUCCAAAUGUAAUAUCUCUUAAUUUAGGCCCUGGGGCUUGGUCAGAAGCAGAGAUUUGCUUUCGCAAAGGAGGUUUGAAAGAUAGGAAUGCAAUGAAGGAGUUGACAGAGAUUGUGGCACAUUUAGUUGUGUACGAUAUUGAAGUUACCCUGUCAUUUAUUUACUCUAUCUUGGAUAAAUGCACCAACUUAUCAGACAUGGCAUUACUCCUCCACCCUAAAGAAGAUUCUAGAGCUGCUAGUAGCCUCAUCUCUAGGUGUACAACUUAUGGUCCAAGAGUAAGAUGGAGAUGGGGAAUGUGGAAGGAAGGAUCAAAAGAUACCUGGGUCUUUGUUGGCAUUUAAUUUGGUAAUCCUCCUUUCUUGGAAGGAAAUGGGAAUGCUUAAUCUUUUGUGCUAUCUGUCUGUUGUUUCUCUGGUUUAAUCUUCCCAAUGAAAAACAAGACACUUUUUCAGCAACCUAAAGUAGUUAGAACAAGGAUUGUGUCUGUAGAUGUACAAAAAGUUUAGUUUUAUGGGGACACUAGCAAGUAUAUCACCUGUACAAAUGAAUUAGUUAGUUGCUUGGAAAGUGAAAGCAUAAUGGCUUGCAGCAUUGCAUACAUGUCUGGCCUUCUACAGCCCAAACUGCACAGAUGGGUUCUUACAUCUUCUGAUGCAUCUCUGUCCUGAAUCCUGCAGCAAACUCCAUUGGUUUUAAGUGACUGCACAAUUUAGAUGAAUAACAACAGAGUUUAACACCAACUACCUCAGCAUCCUGCCUUCCAGCAGAAGGAAAGAGAAAAGGGGAAAAAGGAGGAAAGAAAACCAAGCAUCACCGAGCUGAUACUUGGUUGUUGUCUUGUAAAUAGGGUAUAUUAGUAUUUUCUUUCAGGAAUCCUUUUGCAGGUUGUAUUUUUCUGCAAAGCACAAUUCCAUUGGUUAAAAAUGUAAAUAUCCUUUGUUUUCAGAACGUGGUGCUGAAUUGCUAGCCUUCUACAUCAUGUUUGUGUUUCAUUAAUAAAUGUUGAUUCUGUAGCUGGAAAAAAUAAAUCAAUGGCACUUUCAUUGUCGUAUUCUCUUU